AUGACUGAAUGCUGCUAUAGGGUGAAGAAGGACCACCUGGACCAAGAGGACCUGGAGGAGAGGGGGUGAGUUAAUAAUACCUGGCUAUGACCUUAAAUCAUUAUACUCAACUCAAAGUUCCUCAUCUCACAUGCUCUUCAUCUUUCUGUCUGUGUGUGUUUGUGUGUGUGUGUCUGUUACAGGGACAAGUUGGUUUAACUGGACAACCAGGUGUUGUUGGACCAAAAGGAGAGAAAGGAGGACAGGUGAGUUUGUUCUCAUAAGCAUCAUUAAAGCUAUAACCUUGAAUUUGUGCUUCAGCCCAACGACAGCUUGCAUCUAAAUCUCCUUGUGUACUAUGCUCCUGUUUGUGUCUUGUGUUUUAUUUUUUAGGGUGACAGAGGACAAGAUGGCUCUCUCGGGCCAAAGGGUGACAAAGGUGACAAGGUAAGAUGGAGAUAUGAGACAUUGAUUUACAAAGAUUCAUGUAAACAGCUAAAUACUGUAUGUCACAACAUCCUUUAAAAGCCUUACGAUCUCUUACCUUUACUGUUACUAGACAGUCAGUAACAAUGAACAAGAUUCUUGUUACUGUGUGAUUGGAUAAGCAUGCUUAUUAGCAUAAAAGCUACGUUAGCUGCAUGAAAGAUGUUUGCUGCUUGUGUCAGAGAGUGUGUUAGUCACAGAGACUUCCUCUUCACUUUGUCUCACCAACGACCACCAGGGGACUAGUUUGUUGUAAUGAGCUAAUUAACUUUCUCACACUGUGUGUGUGUGUGUGUGUGUCGCAUCAGGGUGACACGGGACCAAAGGGAACUCCAGGAAUACCAGGAAAUGUGAGUAAAGUAAACAGAUGUUGAAUGGAGCAAAUGACCAUAUUAACCACAGGAGGUUGGUGGCACCUUAAUUGGGGAGGACGGGCUUCUGGUAAUGGCUGGAAAAAUGCAUUGCAAUUUGAGGAUGCUUAUUGGCUAACUGGUCUCUCUGUGUUAUGUUUUUCUCUCAGGUGGCCAAUGUUAUCCCUGAGCCUGGUGAGCCUGUAAGUGCUGUAGAAACCAACAAGAUCUCACGGUCUCACUUAUGUUUAGACAUUAAUUCCAGUUUGGGAUAGGGUUAAAACAGAAAAAAAUAAGUGCCUAGCACUGGGAUUGAACCACAAUCCUCGGAGCCGGAGCAUGUGGUUUAAGGCUGUGAGCCUACUUGAUAUACAGUGGGGGAAAAAAGUAUUUAGUCAGCCACCAAUUGUGCAAGUUCUCCCACUUAAAAAGAUGAGAGAGGCCUGUAAUUUUCAUCAUAGGUACACGUCAACUAUCACAGACAAAAUGAGAAAAAAAAUUCCAGAAAAUCACAUUGUAGGAUUUUUAAUGAAUUUAUUUGCAAAUUAUGGUGGAAAAUAAGUAUUUGGUCAAUAACAAAAGUUUCUCAAUACUUUGUUAUAUACCCUUUGUUGGCAAUGACUCAGGUCAAACGUUUUCUGUAAGUCUUCACAAGGUUUUCACACACUGUUGCUGGUAUUUUGGCCCAUUCCUCCAUGCAGAUCUCCUCUAGAGCAGUGAUGUUUUGGGGCUGUCGCUGGGCAACACAGACUUUCAACUCCCUCCAAAGAUUUUCUAUGGGGCUGAGAUCUGGAGACUGGCUAGGCCACUCCAGGACCUUGAAAUGCUUCUUACGAAGCCACUCCUUCGUUGCCCGGGCGGUGUGUUUGGGAUCAUUGUCAUGCUGAAAGACCCAGCCACGUUUCAUCUUCAAUGCCCUUGCUGAUGGAAGGAGGUUUUCACUCAAAAUCUCACGAUACAUGGCCCCAUUCAUUCUUUCCUUUACACGGAUCAGUCGUCCUGGUCCCUUUGCAGAAAAACCAGCAUGAUGUUUCCACCCCCAUGCUUCACAGUAGGUAUGGUGUUCUUUGGAUGCAACUCAGCAUUCUUUGUCCUCCAAACACGACGAGUUGAGUUUUUACCAAAAAGUUCUAUUUUGGUUUCAUCUGACCAUAUGACAUUCUCCCAAUCCUCUUCUGGAUCAUCCAAAUGCACUCUAGCAAACUUCAGACGGGCCUGGACAUGUACUGGCUUAAGCAGGGGGACACGUCUCGCACUGCAGGAUUUGAGUCCCUGGCAGCGUAGUGUGUUACUGAUGGUAGGCUUUGUUACUUUGGUCCCAGCUCUCUGCAGGUCAUUCACUAGGUCCCCCCAUGUGGUUCUGGGAUUUUUGCUCACCGUUCUUGUGAUCAUUUUGACCCCACGGGGUGAGAUCUUGCGUGGAGCCCCAGAUCGAGGGAGAUUAUUAGUGGUCUUGUAUGUCUUCCAUUUCUUAAUAAUUGCUCCCACAGUUGAUUUCUUCAAACCAAGCUGCUUACCUAUUACAGAUGCAGUCUUCCCAGCCUGGUGCAGGUCUACAAUUUUGUUUCUGGUGUCCUUUGACAGCUCUUUGGUCUUGGCCAUAGUGGAGUUUGGAGUGUGACUGUUUGAGGUUGUGGACAGGUGUCUUUUAUACUGAUAACAAGUUCAAACAGGUGCCAUUAAUACAGGUAACGAGUGGAGGACAGAGGAGCCUCUUAAAGAAGAAGUUACAGGUCUGUGAGAGCCAGAAAUCUUGCUUGUUUGUAGGUGACCAAAUACUUAUUUUCCACCAUAAUUUGCAAAGAAAUUCAUUAAAAAUCCUACAAUGUGAUUUUCUGGAUUUUUUUCCCUCAAUUUGUCUGUCAUAGUUGACGUGUACCUAUGAUGAAAAUUACAGGCCUCUCUCAUCUUUUUAAGUGGGAGAACUUGCACAAUUGGUGGCUGACUAAAUACUUUUUUCCCCCACUGUAAUAGGUUCUCACAUAGCCCUUAGUGAAUGGUAUUGAAGGCAUUUCCCAACAUCCUGGGGACCUGGAUAAACAUUGAAUACUGAAGUCGAUCUGGUGUGACCUGGCUGGUAGAAACUGCUCUGUGUUAGAAAUGUUCUCCAGGCCUAAUGCAUGUCUAUGAAUAUUGUAUGUUGAUACAAAAAUAAGUGUUUUUCCAGUCCUUGAAACUGUACACAACACGUAUUAUUACACAGCAAUAUUUCACAACUUGGUCAUGCAUUUAUCCUUUUUCUUUCUCCCUAGGGAACACCUGGAGAGAGAGGAGAAAAGGGAGAGCAGGGGAAUCCAGGAGAGAAUGUGAGUUAUUCAGAAUUAAAGGAGCCUUCUACCAAAGGAAUAACAUUAGGUUGCAUUUUUAUAGGAGUAAAAAAUACAUAUUUUCAUUAGGAAUGUAGUGAAGUGAAAGUUGUACGACUUAAGUAGUACUUCAAAGUAUUUUUAUUUAAGUACUUUACACCACCGCUGCAGUUAGUGCUUUAUGCUUGUACGCUAAAAUAGUAACAGUGCUCUAUCAAUAGGAUGGGCACUGUUCACUUUGAAAGGACUCAUAUGGCAUUGCAAAAGAGCAAAAUACGGUAUAAUUUGUUUGAUGUUGAACAUCAUUCUGGGGAUGUUACUAACCUGCGUGUUGUCUGAAGGGUCGACGAGGACUGCCUGGUGAACAAGGCUUUGCGGGACUGCCCGGACCACAGGUAAGGAGUUCAGUCAGUCAAUCAAUCAAUCAAUCAAUCAAUCAAUCAAAUGUUAUUUAUAAUUGGACACACCUAUUCACAACCCAUGUAGAGACAAUAACGUAAGUAGGGCCCUAUAAAAUCGGUUGCAUUUUUUUGUUGCCUAAUACCGUUUCGUACAAUGCUUAAAGAACGACUGCUUUUAAAAAGCAAUGGAUCUCUUUGAAAAUGGCCUAUGUGGCAUCAAUAUGAGUCAGAAAAUGUUAUUCUAGUGUCAAAAUUGACUACAAGAUGUAAAUAGGAUAAUUUUGGUCAUAAAGUCAAUCUCGUCUAAAACGGAGUUUGGAACAUCCACGCGUCACAAAGGUUAAAUUAAGGUAUGUCCAUUUGCCCACUAACAUGGGGUGAACAGCUGCAGUGAUUGUUCUCUAACCAAUAGCAUAGACAGUGCGACAGACCUGCUAGACAGCUCUGACUGUUUACAUAAGACAACAUGUCGCCAUUUUUUUACUUGAGAAAUACUGCACCAAACACCUUAGUUAGAUAUAAAAUUGCACAACUAAAAUAUCCUUGGCAAAAACGUCAAAAUUGAGGAUGUGAAAUAGGCUUCCGCAUCUACAGUGUCUCAUAGGGGACAUCAUUAACCAAAUGCGGAAUUGGUCAGGAAACACACCUCCAAGACUGAAAUCUAGUUUUUCUAAUGAUCAACAGAAAAACACACAUGACAAUAGUCGUGUUCAGUCGCUCUUUUUAAACCACAUCAGGAGACCAUUUUUUAGGUCUGGGAAAAAAUCUAAGACAUUUUGAUUUUGGAGCAUAUCCUAGUUACCCUUUAAUUCAUGUGCGCACCUAGCAAGAGGCUAUUGUUUAGCUGUGUUUUUGUAGCGCACAUGUGAUGGUAGAGUUUGCAAAACAAAUACCCUGAAUUGAUGCAAAUAAUCAUUAUAUAAUUUUGCCAGGUAAGCACAGCCUACUUUGUAGUUAACAUUUAAUUGAGAAGAAGGUUUCCUUGGCAUCAUCUCUAAUGGCUACACAAAGUGGUAGACGCGGGCAACGCACGCACACAGACAGGGAAAUUCUGGUUUUCAGAAAGUUGCAGGAAAUAUGAAUCACUGAUGCAUUCUGUUUAUGUCUAAUGAUAAACUUAGACAAAUUAAUACAUUUUCAAUAAAUGUAGUUGAUUCCCUAUAAGCUCAAUCAUUUUUUGGGAUAUUGUUGAAUUCCGUUUUAAUGCACCGCGGAUUGUAUAGGGCCUUACAUAAGGUGUCAUCCAUUGGAAAAUAGAAGCCAAACCUCGACAUAAUUUGUCAUAUUAUACUGAAUGAUUUCCACUUACUUCAUAGCCUUAAAUGACUGGCAAGUUUGUUUGUUAUCCCCUUCAAUUCAGGGACCUAAAGGUGACAUUGGCCCUAAAGGAGAGACUGGGAGACAAGGAGAGCCUGUAAGUUCUGGGUCCUUACUGCGAUAUAUUUGCUCUCAAUUACAUGUCUGAUAAUACUAUUACAUAUAGACAGUUGUGAAUGAAGUCUUGUUUCUAUUCCAGGGUCCUCCAGGAUUGCAGGGUACACAGGGCGUCCGUGGACUGCCUGGCAAUGUGGUAGGUUAAUUUUGUGGAAAUGACAACCCCAAAAUAUUUUCAACAUAUGGAAUUUGUGUGUUGGUGUUCGAGAAUGUCCCUAAUGCUUUAAACUAACCUUUAACCUAAUGUGUGCCCUGAACAUACUUCUCUCUCUGUCUAUUACACAGGGCAUCCCUGGAACCAUUGGACCACCUGGAAUAGCUGGACAGAGAGGAGAGCGGGUCAGUAACCGUAUCACUGCUUUGCUAUAUGGAUCAAAACGUGAUCUCAAAUGUGUUGUUCUAGGGACAUCAUAUUGUAACCUGUAACUCGUGUGUUCUAGGGACAUCAUAUUGUAACUCGUGUGUUCUAGGGACAUCAUAUUGUAACCUGUAACCCGUGUGUUCUAGGGACAUCAUAUUGUAACCUGUAACCCGUGUGUUCUAGGGACAUCAUAUUGUAACCCGUAACUCGUGUGUUCUAGGGACAUCAUAUUAUAACCUGUAACCCGUGUGUUCUAGGGACAUCAUAUUGUAACCUGUAACCCGUGUGUUCUAGGGACAUCAUAUUGUAACCCGUAACUCGUGUGUUCUAGGGACAUCAUAUUGUAACCUGUAACCCGUGUGUUCUAGGGACAUCAUAUUGUAACCUGUAACUCGUGUGUUCUAGAGACAUCAUAUUGUAAGCCGUAACUCGUGUGUUCUAGGGACAUCAUAUUGUAACCCGUAACUCGUGUGUUCUAGGGACAUCAUAUUGUAACCUGUAACCUGUGUGUUCUAGGGACAUCAUAUUGUAACCUGUAACUCGUGUGUUCUAGGGACAUCAUAUUGUAAGCCGUAACUCGUGUGUUCUAGGGACAUCAUAUUGUAACCUGUAACUCGUGUGUUCUAGGGACAUCAUAUUGUAACCCGUAACUCGUGUGUUCUAGGGACAUCAUAUUGUAACCUGUAACCCGUGUGUUCUAGGGACAUCAUAUUGUAACCUGUAACCCGUGUGUUCUAGGGACAUCAUAUUGUAACCUGUAACUCGUGUGUUCUAGGGACAUCAUAUUGUAACCCGUAACUCGUGUGUUCUAGGGACAUCAUAUUGUAACCUGUAACCCGUGUGUUCUAGGGACAUCAUAUUGUAACCUGUAACUCGUGUGUUCUAGGGACAUCAUAUUGUAAGCCGUAACUCGUGUGUUCUAGGGACAUCAUAUUGUAACCUGUAACUCGUGUGUUCUAGGGACAUCAUAUUGUAACCCGUAACUCGUGUGUUCUAGGGACAUCAUAUUGUAACCUGUAACCCGUGUGUUCUAGGGACAUCAUAUUGUAACCUGUAACCCGUGUGUUCUAGGGACAUCAUAUUGUAAGCCGUAACCCGUGUGUUCUAGGGACAUCAUAUUGUAACCUGUAACCCGUGUGUUCUAGGGACAUCAUAUUGUAACCUGUAACCCGUGUGUUCUAGGGACAUCAUAUUGUAACCUGUAACUCGUGUGUUCUAGGGACAUCAUAUUGUAACCCGUAACUCGUGUGUUCUAGGGACAUCAUAUUGUAACCUGUAACCCGUGUGUUCUAGGGACAUCAUAUUGUAACCUGUAACUCGUGUGUUCUAGGGACAUCAUAUUGUAAGCCGUAACUCGUGUGUUCUAGGGACAUCAUAUUGUAACCUGUAACUCGUGUGUUCUAGGGACAUCAUAUUGUAACCCGUAACUCGUGUGUUCUAGGGACAUCAUAUUGUAACCUGUAACCCGUGUGUUCUAGGGACAUCAUAUUGUAACCUGUAACCCGUGUGUUCUAGGGACAUCAUAUUGUAAGCCGUAACCCGUGUGUUCUAGGGACAUCAUAUUGUAACCUGUAACCCGUGUGUUCUAGGGACAUCAUAUUGUAACCUGUAACCCGUGUGUUCUAGGGACAUCAUAUUGUAAGCCGUAACUCGUGUGUUCUAGGGACCUUCUAUUGUAACUCGUGCUGUAUGAAUGACUACUCUAUGCUAUGCAACACUAUGCUAUGCUCAUCUCCCUGUGUGUGGUGUGUUCCAGGGAGAGUUGGGGAAGGAGGGUCGUGGUGGCCCCCCAGGCCCUCCUGGAGAUGCAGGCAUACAAGGACCCCCUGGCCUACCAGGGAAGGGCAAAGACGGACAGAACGUAAGACACAGAAACAUCACUCUUCAUAAGACAUUCAAACCUCGUUUUUACGUUCAAACCUUGAGUUUCUCCUGUCUGUGUGACCACUAUAACCAAGGUCGAGAGUUUUGCCUGGUCUUGUGGCAUAGUCAGGAAAAACUCCUGACUACAGAGUUAACACAUAUCUAACUUGUUAUCCAGACUCUAAGAAAUAUGAACCAGAGUUUGUUGGCACUUAUCCAAUCAGGCUCUGGGGCUUCAAAUUAAAAGCCCUUCACAUCCUGUACGGGUGUUGGCUGCACAUGUCCAUAAAUCAACAUGCAUUUAAAUACAACCAUAUUACAAUAUGACUGGUUAGUGGGGUACAACCCACAUUAUACAGUUAUGCCAGCGAUUUGACCUGGAACCUGUUUACUCAUUUUCUACACCACAGACAUAUGGUGAUAGUGCUGAGAAAGCAAACAAACAGAGCAUACGCAGUUUCUGCUUUAUCACAUGAAACUAAUGAAGGAACCCAGCAGGACGGUGUACAGGUGCUGUGUGUGUGUGGUUCAUAACAGUUCCAUCUUACUACUGUCAGCUGCUGGCCUAUAACAUAUAACCCUCAUGCAUACACCAGUACAGUACACUAUUUGCACAAAUAUGUAGUGAUUGUUCUCCACUAUAUUAAAUUGGUUUCUGUUACCCUAGUCCAGAGAGCUGUAGGACCAUUUUAUUUUAUUCUAUAAGACUUUAAAUGCCACGUUUUUUUAUUUGACCAGCCAGUGGGCUGAUAAUAGUGUUAUGUGUGAUAUUAUAUUACAGGGUGAUCCUGGACAGCAGGGAAUUGAAGGACCGCCCGGCCAGAAGGUAAUGUCAUUGGGGGUGGAGGGGUAGAGAGAAACAUUAAUGCCUUGAAGCUAGGGUGAUUCUAUCUGUUGACAAAAAGGUUUUAUUUUUCUCUAACUUAGGAAGAAAACAAUCCAUUCUGGUUGGACAAAAGCAAUUUUCUGUGACCACAAUACUGUGACUGACACACUGAUUUAACAACAACUUUUUUGGGAGCAGGAGAUUGGUUGGGGGGGGAGAGACUGGCGAGAGUAAUUGAUUGAGGAUAGUGCAAGGUAGAGGCCAUGCAUGGACAUUCUGUUGAUUCCAUCUUUGUAGUUGUUAAACAUCCUCCAUGGUCACCUUUACAACCGCCACAAUGAAUUCUAAAACUUCUGAUUGGAUUCUCUGUUAGAAAUAAACACAAAUGUGAUGUAUCUUGCCUGAGCAGCCAAGACCUGCAAAGAUCAACAACCACUCUGCUCAGCACAGCAGAACUAUCUGAGCCAAACAUUACGAUAGUACAGUCGUGGUCAAAGGUUUUGAGAAUGACACAAAUAUAAAUUUUCACAAAGUCUGCUGCCUCAGUUUUUAUGACGCCAAUUUGCAUAUACUCCAGAAUGGUAUGAAGAGUGAUCUGAUGAAUUGCAAUUAAUUGCAAAGUCCCUCUCUGCCAUGAAAAUGAACUUAAUCCCCCCAAAACUUUUCCACUGCAUUUCAGCCCUGCCACAAAAGGACCAGCUGACAAUCAUGUCAGUGAUUCUCUCGUUAACACAGGUGAGAGUGUUGACGAGGACAAGGCUGGAGAUCACUCUGUCAUGCUGAUUGAGUUAGAAUAACAGACUGGAAGCUUUAAAAGGAGGGUGGUGCUUGAUAUCAUUGUUCUUCCUCUGUUAACCAUGGUUACCUGCAAGGAAACACGUGCCGUCAUCAUUGCUUUGCAUAAAAAGGGCUUCACAGGCAAGGAUAUUGCUGCUAGUAAGAUUGCACCUAAAUCAACCAUUUAUCAGAUCAUCAAGAACUUCAAGGAGAGAGGUUCAAUUGUUAUGAAGAAGGCGUCAGGGUGCCCAAGAAAGUCCAGCAAGCGCCAGGACCGUCUCCUAAAGUUGAUUCAGCUGCGGGAUCGGGGCACCACCAGUGCAGAGCUUGCUCAGGAAUGGCAGCAGGCAGGUGUGAGUGCAUCUGCACGCACAGUGAGGCGAAGACUUUUGGAGGAAGGCCUGGUGUCAAGAAGGGCAGCGAGGAAACUACUUCUCUCCAGGAAAAACAUCAGGGACAGACUGAUAUUCUGCAAAAGGUACAGGGAUUGGACUGCUGAAGCCUGGGGUAAAGUCAUUUUCUCUGAUGAAUCCCCUUUCCGAUUGUUUGGGGCAUCCGGAAAAAAGCUUGUCCGGAGAAGACAAGGUGAGCGCUACGGUCAGUCCUGUGUCAUGUCAACAGUAAAGCAUCCUGAGACCAUUCAUGUGUGGGGUUGCUUCUCAGCCAAGGGAGUGGGCUCACUCACAAUUUUGCCUAAGAACACAGCCAUGAAUAAAUAAUGGUACCAGCAUGAUGGAGCACCUUGCAUGAUGGAGCACCUUGCCAUAAGGCAAAAGUGAUAACUAAAUGGCUCGGGGAACAAAACAUUGAAAUUUGGCCAGGAAACUCCCCAGACCUUAAUCCCAUUGAGAACUUGUGGUCGAUCCUCAAGAGGCGGGUAGACAAACAAAAACCCACAAAUUCUGACAAACUCCAAGCAUUGAUUAUGCAAGAAUGGGCUGCCAUCAGUCAGGAUGUGGCCCAGAAGUUAAUUGACAGCAUGCCAAGGCAGAUUGCAGAGGUCUUGAAAAAGAAGGGUCAACACUUAUGGAAUGCUUGUAAUUAUAAUUCAGUAUACCAUAGUAACAUCUGACAAAAAUAUUUAAAACACUGAAGCAGCAAACUUUGUGAAGACCAAUACUUGUGUCAUUCUCAACUUUUGACCAUGACUGUACAGUAAUGUCAUCAGAGAGUAUUGGCUAUUGCAUUAAUAGGACACAGUGUCCCCUGGUUGGAUGGUUACCAAGGUUCUGUUGAUGUCUCAUUGGAUGGUAACCAAGGUUCGGUCUGUGUGUUCCAGGGCCAACCCGGAUCCAAGGGACUUCAGGGGGUUCCAGGGGACAGGGGUCCUCCAGGAGAAGGCAAAGAUGGACCCCCGGUAUAGACAACCACGCCAUACACACAACCACACACACACACACACACAUUCAAUCUUGCAGCAUAUCUUGAACAUGUCUGAGAACAUUUUCUUUUACAGGGACCUUCAGGGCCCAAUGGUGCAGUUGGACCGCCGGUAAAAACAUUUUUGUCAUAAUUAUGCUCAGCCUUAGAGUGACCAAGUCAAUGUGAAAACGUAAACUGGGUAACGUUCAAAUAAAAGUUUAACUGACUGCUGUUUGUUUCCUGAUUCAGGGCUUGAGAGGUCUGCCAGGCGUCGCUGGUAUACGGGGACCUGCAGGACACAAUGGUUUACCAGGAAGACCAGGAGAGAAGGGAUCCCCAGGAGAGCCAGUAAGUUGACCAGUACAGUAAAUUGCCUUGUAAACGUCCCAACAACACUGCAAACAGAGACCAAAUACUGUACCUUCACUAUACUGUACCUUCUUUGUCACUGCACUGACAUGAUGGCACACCUAUGGGGAUGUAUUCAAACUCAUGAUGUGAUAAACAAUGUGAAGUUUAUAAGUCCAAUCAACCUUUGUUUAAUAAUGGACCAAACUAAUAUACGCCAUCUCUUUCAGGGAGCAGCAGCAGACUUAUCGGAUUUGAAUCUGAAGGUAAGGAGGAGAGCGCCAUUACCAUAGUACUGUUUCCUCCAUCUUGUUAAAGCAUACAGUAUAUUCUGAGACAGACAGAUUAUUUCAUCACUCAGUGUUUCUCUUUGUCCUUCAGGACGUGUGUUCAGACUGCCCAGCCGGACCCCCAGGACAGCCUGGUCUGCCAGGGACACCAGGGGACAAGGGACAAGCUGGAUCCCCAGGGAAGAACGGACAGGACGGGUACCAAGUAAGGACAAAGUCAGAGCACCAUGCUAUUCCAUCUGUUGUAUGAUAAAUGUAUCUCUUACUGGGAGAUGCACAUCCUGAAUCAUUAAUAGGAUUAAUAUGAUCUUCUCCAUACCAUUUCUUCAUCUCUAAACACUACAAAGAGAACUUCAUAGAAGUAGCAUGCCUCAGACUGUAGCCCAGGAGAAGAGCGAGGAUUCUCCUGUAUCCAUCACACUGUUUGACUGAAGUAGCGGGAAGCUAUCAGGCUGGCUCUCUCAGCAUCGUUAGGCUUCCUGUCCUCUGGGGGGUACAGUGAAUGAUCAGGACCUGGAGACAGGGCUGCUGAUGGUCUUUUUAGAGAGCCAGAGAUGGGGAGAGAGAGGGAGAAAGACAGACCAGAAAGAGAGAUGUAGAGAGAAAGCCUUUAGUUAGCCAGAAACUGAUUGUUUCUCUGUCGUUAUCAUUACAGGGCCAGGCAGGCCCGACCGGACCCACUGGACCCCCAGGAGCUAACGGAGAAAAAGCAAGUCCUCCCCAACCACACCCGCACACUUUUACCUUCCGUAGAACAUGAAUUAUUGAGUUGAAGACCUGAAAACAUCCAGUGGUUUGUGUCUGUUAUGUCACCUGCCAUACAACACAGUGGCCAGAGGUGAUAUGCAUUAUUUAUUUACUGUUUGUCCUACAGGGUGUGAAAGGUGAUAGAGGACCCCAAGGAGGACCUGGAGACAAAGGUGAAAUAGGCCACACCGGACCCCCUGGCCACCCCGGUGCUGCUGGUAUCAUGGGUAAUCCUGUGAGUACCUGCCUGUUGGUACUACCAGUAUCUACCAUAGGCCAUCAUCUUUGCUGUUUAGUAGCCUAGUUUCAUAUCCCUGUGUGCUGUAUCGCCAACUCCUAUAGUUAUUGCAGUAGGAUGAAUGUUCUUUCUGACUCUUCCCUCUUCGUCUCUCUGUAGGGUAACGACGGUCAACCCGGCCCCAUCGGUCCCCCAGGAGCCCCUGGAGAAAAAGUCAGGAUGUUGUCAAUGUGUUUUAUUUCCAGACAGCAUAUUACACUACAUGUCAUCAGUUUUAUAUCGGGCUCAUCCCACUGGCUGGCCAUAUAGGUCAACUGGGCUGAGUGUUGUUGUGGCAGAGGUCAUUAAUCAUCCUAGUGUUGUUGUUGAUUUAUCAUGGUUGAAUCUGUGGAACUAUCUUGUGUUUGUUUUCAUCCUGCAGGGCAAGGAGGGGAUGAAGGGAAUCCAGGGUCCACCAGGUCUACCAGGCUUAAUGGUGAGAAACUGUGUUGAUAAAGUUUUGUGAAAGAAUAUAAAUUACCUGCUAAAGACUUAGUAUUCAUAGAGGUUGUUGUGGUAUUGUUAUUAUCUCAAGCUAUCCAUGAUAACAUAAGUGUAACUUAUGGAGUGGACUGUAAAUAAACAUUUCGAAAAUCAAGGCUAAAUGCUAAAAGGCUGAAAGCUGAAUGUUCCGCAGGGUCAAAUGGGUAAAAUUGGCAAAGAUGGCCGCCAAGGAGAACAAGGAGAAUCUGUGAGUACACAUGAUAUGGCCUGAUUAUAUUCCCAGGAUAUCCUGUAUGUCCUGUAUAUCCUAUUGGGACUUCAUUUCCAGGGAUACAUUAUGUACAUAAUCAGUCAUAAUGGUCCCUGGUUAUACAGUGCAUUCGGAAAGUAUUCAGACCCCUUGCCUUUUUCCAAAUUUUGUUACGUUACAGCCUUAUUCUAAAAUGGAUUAAAUUGUUUAUUACUUCCUCAUCAAUCUACACACAAUACCCCAUAAUGACAAAGCAAAAACUGUUUUUUAGAAAUGUUUGCAAAUGUGUGUGUGUGUAUAUAUAUAUAUAUAUAUAUAUAUAUAUAACAAAGAAAUAUCACAUUUACAAAAGUAUUCAGACCUUUUACUCAGUACUUUGUUGAAGCAUCUUUGGCAGCGAUUACAGCCUCGAGUCUUCUUGGGUAUGACGCUACAAGCUUGUGCCGAAGCCACUCCUGCGUUGUCUUGGCUGUGUGCUUAGGGUCGUUGUCCUGUUGGAAGGUGAACCUUCGCCCCAGUCUGAGGUCCUGAGUGCUCUGGAGCAGGUUUUCAUCAAGGAUCUAUCUGUACUUUGCUCCGUUCAUCUUUCCCUCGAUCCUGACUAGUCUCCCAGUCCCUGCCACUGAAAAACAUCCCCACAGCAUGAUGCUGCCACCACCAUGCUUCACCGUAGGGAUGGUGCCAGCUUUCCUCCAGACGUGGCGCUUGGCAUUCAGGCCAAAUAGUUCAAUCUUGGUUUCAUUAGACCAGAGAAUCUUGUUUCGCAUGGUCUGAGAGUCCUUUAGGUGUCUUUUGGCAAACUCCAAGUGGGCUGUCAUGUGCCUUUUGGCUUCCGUCUGGACACUCUACCAUAAAGGCCUGAUUGGUGGAGUACUGCAGAGAUGGUUGUUCUGCUGGAAGGUUCUCCCAUCUCCACAGAGGAACUCUGGAGCUCUGUCAGAGUGACCAUCGGGUUCUUGGUCACCUCCCUGACCAAGGCCCUUCCCCCUCGAUUGCUCAGUUUGGCCCGGGUGGCCAGUCUAGGAAGAGUCUUGUGGGUUCCAAACUUCUUCCUUCUAAUGAUGAUGGAGGCCACUGUGUUCUUGGGGACCUUCAAUGCUGCAGAAAUGUUUUGGUACACUUCCCCAGAUCUGUGCUUUGACACAAUCCUGUCUCGUAGCUCUACGGACAAUUCCUUCAACCUCAUGGCUUGGUUUUUGCUCUGACAUGCACUGUCAACUGUGGGACCUUAUAUAGACAGGUGUGUGCCUUUCCAAAUCAUGUCCAAUCAAUUGAAUUUACCACAGGUGGACUCUAAUCAAGUUGUAGAAACAACUCAAGGAUGAUCAAUGGAAACAGGAUGCAACUGAGCUCAAUUUCGAGUCUCAUAGCAAAGGGUCUGAAUACUUAUGUGAGUAAGGUAUUUCUGUUUUUUUAUUUUUAAUAAAUUUGCAAACAUUUCUAAAAUCCUCUUUUCACUUUGUCAUUAUGGGUUAAUGUGUGUAGAUUGAUGAGGAAUGUUUUAUUUAAUCAAUUCUAGAAUAAGGGCUGUAACGUAACAAAAUGUGGAAAAAGGGAAGGGGUCUGAAAACUUUCAGAAUGUACUGUACAUGGCAAAAUGUGUGUCCCCUUUAUAUUUACCUGCACAUCAUUCCCUUGGUCUGUGUAAUCUAAGUGUGAGUGUUGUGAUCUCAGGGUAAACAAGGAGAGCCAGGACCACCAGGACAGCCAGGACUCAGGGGAAUGCCUGUGAGUAACUAAAAUUGUGGGAAGUAUUAUUUAACCGUGUGGUUAAUGGAAAUAUCCUUUCACUAGUAAUAUUGGUGUAUUCAUGUUGAUGAUUCUCUCCAUACAGGGCUUCAAGGGUCACAGAGGAGAGCCUGGACCACCAGGGUCAAAGGUCAGUCCAUUGACUCCCAUGUCACAAUAGGCAACACAUCAGAUGACUAGGCCAUAACUUGUUGAAUAUGAACGUGGGCUUAUGUCUUCCCUGGUCUGUCAAGAUCAAAUCAUCUCACUCUCAAAAUUGUGACACAUGCCUACUCUCAUUAAAUCUCAUUCAGCUCUAGGAUACGAUAUCUGUCACAGUAGUAUGACCAAUAGCAUGUCUCAAUAUAGUGUGACCUAUUAUAGUGUGACCAAUAGCAUGCCUCAUUACAGACACCACUGAGUCACUAAAACACAGUGCCAGGCUCACAUCCCUCCAGCCUUUUCUCUGACAGAGAUGGACCAAGUGCCCAAGUGCAUCACCAGAACACCUCUCUUAAGACAGAGCAUUAUGUUGGUUUGACUCCUAUCUGCCUAUGGAUUUUAUAGACCACAUUAGAUGUAUAAGAAUGUCUCGCCUUGACCCCAGACUCGUACAUCCAGGCCAUCAAGGUCAAGGGGUGGAGUUUUCCUCUAAUCCCUAUAGAUUUUACCAGUGGAGCCCCUUUCUAUAGCUAUAAUCAAAACAUUUUGAUUAAAUUAGGAAAAGAGAAGCCUAUUGUGAAUUGAUUGGUUGCGUUGAUUAAUAUCUUUCUGUCCUCGACCAAUCAGGGUGAAGAUGGAAAGGAAGGACGUAGCGGACCGGAGGGUAAACCUGGCCAAGACGUGAGUGAGAACACCAAUUUAACCAAUCAUAACUCUGUAAGUAUCAACAUACAGGGAAUGUCUUACUAAUGUAUGCGUUGUGUUUGUUUUUGAAGGGUAAUAUUGGACCACCUGGACCAGAGGGCCUGGCUGGCCAGAGAGGGGAGAAUGUAAGUCACCUUUAUACUGCAGUAGACAAGCCUUUAUCUGCUGACACUUACCACACCAGACCUAGCACGAUGACAACCUGGUGAUAGAAAGUCAAAAAGUGUCUGUAUUUCUCUCUCUGUCUCUCUCUCUCACUCUUUCUUUCUCACUCUUUCUUUCUAUCUGUCUCUCUCUCUCUCUGUCUCUCUCUCUCUCUCUCUCUGUCUCUCUGGUCUCUCUCUCUCUGGUCUCUCUCUCUCUGGUCUCUCUCUCUCUGGUCUCUCUCUCUCUCGUCUCUCUCUCUCUCUGGUGUCUCUCUCUCUCUCUCUGGUCUCUCUCUCUCUCUCUGAUCUCUCUCUGGUCUCUCUCUCUCUGGUCUCUCUCUGGUCUCUCUCUCUCUGGUCUCUCUAUCUCUUUCUCCCUCCCUCCUUCCAUCUCUACCUCUCAACCUCUCUCAAGGGUAAACCUGGUGAACCAGGACCUUCAGGAAAGGCAGGAGCCCCUGGUACUCCAGUGAGUGAUUAUUUAUUUAUAUACAGCAGGAACUGCUCUUAACAUUGCAGACAUCGUGGUCCUAGCUUCUGUGAAAACAGAAAUGUGCACAUGCAGUGAAAUGCUGUUUGUAUUUAGCGAACACAGCAGCUUCCCUCUGCCCUGUAUCUGGUACUCUACAGCCAGCUAGAUCAAGCCCCACCAAGCCCCACCAAGCCCUUGUAAAUAUGAAUAUUAAUCACUUGCAGCUGUUUCAUCUUCCACCGCAAGAUCUUUUAUGAGAUUUACCUCCAAGAAUAGCAACGUUCGUAAGAACAUCAGAUAGCUAAACGUUAGGUUAAUCUCACCCAAGUGGGGCUGCCUGUGAGUGUUCAACUACAGUAUGACUAAAGUAUGACUACGCCAUGUGAAAGUCAUAAGCCCCAAUGUUUCUGUGUGUACAGGGUCAGGCUGGAGCCAAGGGAGAUGCUGGGAACCCAGGAUUACCAGGCUUUAGUGGUCCCAAGGGACCCUCGGUAAAUAGGGAUUCCUGCUCCUUUUGUUGUCAACGUUAUCACUAGCGUGCUAAGCUACUGUUACUACGUCUCGUAGUCCUACCACUCAUGUUGGAACAGUCUGAGUUGAUGUUCUGCCAUAAGAGGAUCUGAAGUUACAAGCGUUUCUGAUUUAAUCAAAUGUAUUUAUAUUUAAAUGUCUCUGCCUUCGAUCUCUCUAUCUAUAUAGGGUCCUACUGGUCCUGUCGGUCCAGAGGGGAAACAGGUAAGAACCAUUAAUUGAUUGAUUGAUUCGUUUGUUGAUAGAUUUUUGGAGAUGUAUUUCAAUUUUCAUCAGCUACUUUUAUCAUCUUUACACUAUGAAAUGGAUUUGUUGUGGAACAUGGAUUGGGAGAUGUCUUGCCCACAACACAUUAAACCAACUCCUUGUCUGUUUCACAGGGUAUGUCAGGCAGAGCAGGAGAACGUGGAGUCAAAGGAGAGAGGGUGAGUACAUACAGGAGCCUGCCCAACCAAAGACCAUAAACAACAUUGUUUAUAUUGUCUCCGGGUGUGUUUUGUUGGAUGUCUUUGUAGGGCGACUCAGGUGGGAAGGGAGAUAAGGGACCUGUUGGAGAUUCAGGUAUGCCUGGUAACCCGGGGCCCCCAGGCCGUAAGGGCCACACAGGGAUGAUGGGUAUGUCCGGGCCCCCAGGAGAGGUGGGACUUACCGGGCCUCGGGGAACACCUGGAAACCCUGGACAACCAGGACCACGGGUGAGUAGUGACCUGAAUACUUGCAUUAGCUACCCAGAGUAAACCGCCAGGUUUUAGCUCAGCAGGACAACAGUCUUGUGGUUUACAAAAUCUGGUUCAAACCCAGACACAGUCAAAGUGCUAUAGACAAUAGUACAGACAUCUAGAAAUCGAUGACAUAAACAUGAUAAUUUCUCCUUCCAACAGGGAGAGUCAACAUCACUGGAAACAAUGAGAAGGCUGAUCCAGGAGGAACUAGCUAAAGCGUUAGAUGGUGAGACUGGCGUAUUGUUAGGGACAAUGGGACAUUAGUGCAAUCUGCGAUGUAUGUUUGACCUCGUAUAAGCUGUGCAAGUCAUAAUCGUGUCUGUGUGUUCCACCUCCAGCCAAAAUGGCGUACCUGAUGGCCCAGAUCCAGCCGGGCCAUGUGAAGAGCACGGCAGGUCGGCCAGGACCUCCAGGCCCCUCAGGGAAAGACGGGAGCCACGGUCGCCCCGGACCCCCAGGGGAGCCUGGCAUGCCUGGGCAGAAUGGAGGAGACGGCAUGAGGGGGCCCAUGGGUCCUAAAGGUAAUUGAUCCAAAGUGAAGACCCCAUUGUUAUUGGUCACACAUACUGUAUUUAUUGGUUCAGAUAAACAGACACUGUGAGAGCAUAAUAUUAAAAACUGUAAUAUUGUCAAACCACUACAUGAGAGGUUUCAGGUUUCCACUACACCCAGAAAACACAUUUUUGCCAACCAUUGAUAAUAGUUGCCUUUGGUGGUCUUGAUUUAGGUUGUCUUGAUUCAGACACUGUCUGUAAGAACAUCAUUGUGAGUGUUAUGUCUGUCAUCUCUGUGACGUCCAGGUGAGAGAGGAUCCAGAGGAGACAAGGGGGAAAACGGAGUUGGACAGAGAGGAGAGACUGGACCAUCUGGUCCUAUAGGUACAGUACUGUUCCUCUAUUACAGCAUUACAUCAAUAGAAUGUCUCUAUUACUACUAUAUCAUUCGUAAUGGAUGAUUGUUUGUAUCCUUCUUGAGAUCCUUAGUUGCUAAACUAUGCGCUAUCCAGCACAAGUGGGGUGAGUGACUGAGUGACUGACACAUGAACUUCCUAAGAAAGCAGCAGUUGCUUCAGUGUGACUCUUUGCCAUUCACUUUACCAUUUAAUGUGACUUUGCUAUUCCACCCUUCAGGUCCAGCAGGUAUGCCAGGCUACGGUAAGGACGGGCAGCCCGGGGCGGCUGGAGCUCAGGGAGAACCAGGGAACCCUGGCCCCCAUGGCCAGCCAGGCCCCAGCGGACCCCCAGGACAGUGUGACCCCUCCCAGUGUGCCUACUACGCUAGUCUGGGAUCACGACCCCACACCAAGAACGUCAAGGGGACUUAAAGAGACAGAGACACACAAACAGAGGGUGCAUCCGAAAUGGCAACCUCUUCCUUAUAUAGUGCACUACUUUUGUCAAAAGUAGUGCACUAUAAAGGGAAUAGGAUGCCAUUUUGGACGCAGCCAGAGAGCUACAAGUCCAGCUAUUUAUGAACUGGGAUGUGUUAGGAUGAGCCAAGAACUUUUCUUUCCAUAAAGAUAUAUCUCCUCAGUUUGGAGGGAGCUCGAGAGAAGUGUUCUGCCUGCCUGCC